GAAGGCUGGCUAAGGGCUGCGGCGCCCCGCGGGGGCUCUGCCCGCGUGGCGCCUGUGCGCGUGGGGCGCGUGGCACGUGCGCGUGUGCGCGUGGAGCGCGGGGUGUGUGCCCGCGCCGUGCCCCCCGCGUGCUGCCUGGCGUGAGUCACCGCGGGGCUCGCCUUUAUAACCGCCGCCAGGCUCGCGAUUCGGCAGAGCAGCCGGGCCACGCGUCCCCAACGUCCCGGGUCCCAACGUCCCGGAACGCGUCCCUAACCGCCACCGCCUCCUCGGGACGCCAUGGAGGACCCGCGCUGUGCCCCGCUACUGCUACUUUUGCUGCUACCGCUGCUGCUCACACCGCCCGCCGGAGAUGCCGCGGUCAUCACCGGGGCUUGCGACAAGGACUCUCAGUGUGGAGGAGGAAUGUGCUGCGCUGUCAGUAUCUGGGUUAAGAGCAUAAGGAUCUGCACACCUAUGGGCCAAGUGGGAGACAGCUGCCACCCCCUGACUCGGAAAGGACUUACCGAUGGAAAGGAAGAGAGAACUGCUUUGACCUUGACCUGCUUGGAAAGGAUGCUUGGAAGGAGAAAUGCUGAUUGGGUCUUGGUUUGCAUGAGAAAAGGCAAGCACCAGGAGGAGGGCCCAGCAGCUCAGAGAGAGUCAUGUUGCAAAUGGAAGGCAGGAAAGAAGAAGGGCGAAGAGAAGAAAGAGGAAGAAGGAGGUUCCAUUUUGGGGGCGGAGGAUGCACCACACUUGUCCCUGCCUGCCAGGUUUGGCAUGUUUAAGGACUUCUUUCAACCGUUUUAUUUGUUUGGCCCGGAAGUGAUCACUCUGAAGCAGGAGCUGGAAAUGUGAACCUCUACUCACUGAACAAUGUCUGUCAAGUCUCGCUUGUAAUUGUGUCAAAGAAUAUGCCAGAAAGAAAUGUUCUCCCUUCCUCUCCACUUUUCAAGAAACAUUCCUAUCUUUGAUUUUUUUUAAAAGUGGCCUUUUUCUUUUUUUUCGUUUUUCUUUCUUUUUUUUUUAAGGAGAGUUUUCAUUUUUGGAGAGAUUUAUAAAGUGCAAGGCUUUCUGGAAUGGCUUCUCAUUUCCCUAUUUAUGUUUUGCCUUGACAUUUUUUUGAAGACCAACAACAACCAUUUCCACAAAUAGAGUAAGAGUGAACGUCUGUUGCAGAAACUCCCUUUUGCCCUGCCUCCCCUCUGCCAGUCCUGCCCAGUGUCCAGACAGACACACCCUUACUCUUGAAACAUUCUGACGAUCCUCACCUCAGGCUAGCGUUGUGGGGCCUCUCCCCUCCCUGGCUGGCCGGUAGACCCACUGAAGAGGCAUUUGAACCAGUCCGUCCAGGCAGUUCACUGGGGCAGACAUUCGGAGUGCCCCAAGAACUUUCCUGAACCCAUCUGGCCCACCGGCUUUCAGUUCCACUGGUUAACUGGUGGGAGGACAAAAUUAAUGGGAUACUGAAGGAGUCUGGUCUAUUUUUCUAGAUGUGUUUUAGUAAAAGACAUUUUCUCCUUAGUGGAAUAUUACAUGUCUUUUUUUUUUUUUCAGCCUGCUUUUUUUUUUGAAGUUUUCUUGUUGGAGACAUUUUAAAGAAUGUCACUUGAGGAAGCGUUGGUUUUCAUCUGGCAUGACAGGAAUCAUUUUAAAAAAUCGGUGUUAAGUUAUAAUUUAAACUCUUAUUUGUAACCCAAAGGUUUAUUGCAAUGGAUUUCCUGAUAUCCUGCCAUUUGUACUGGUAUCAAUAUUUCUAUGUAAAAAAUUCUGUAUCAGAAUAAUGACGAUACUGUAUAUCCUUUGAUUUAUUUUGAUAUUAUAUCCUUAUUUUUGUCACGGCUGUCACCAGUUUUUAUUACAAGCGGAUUUCUAUAUAGCCCUCAUCCUAAAGUCGGCAGAUACCCCAAGCUGGUGAAAUCACCCCAACAGUACAUGCAUUUUCAUCUCGCAUCCAGGAGAGCUGUGUUUGUGUGGAUUUCAAGGUAGUACAAAAAGUAAUAAGUAAACCAUGUGUAUCCGUUAAAAAAAAAAAAAAAAAAAAAAAAAAAAAACCUUUAGAGAGCGAAGGCAAGCGAGACACCCGGAAGUGACUAUUAGCGGGAAUGGACCCGUAGGCUUGCCCUGGGAAAUCCGAUGGAGCAUGGAGCGUAUGUAAUGCUUGGCGUGGCAUGAGUUAGGCUCUAACUGCACAGUGGUGCCAAUAUGGUCUGACCUUGAACAACUCACAAAGUGUUGUCAACCCAUAUUGUGUCACAAAUAAACAUCUGAAACCUCAA